UUCGGGGUGCGUUGCGUUGCGGCGGUGCGUUCUGCGGCGCACAACUUUCCGUGUGUUUGCGCAGUUUCGCGGCGUUCCGUGUGUUCUGGACAACGCGAAACGUAGCGUUUGAAUUCUCGACGCAAAGUCAGCGGAAAUACCAGAGCGGGCCGCAGCACGUCACCGUUUCCACACUUUCGCCGUCUUCAUGUGUGGUUCUUUCGCUGUCGCGGGGGGAAAGUUGUGGACAUUUUUCUCCCCCCUUACACCCCACCCCGACCGAGGUGCACGGUGGUCACGGAUACAGUGUGCAACAUUGUAACUACAGCGCUUAAUGAGCCUCGCCAGCCCGUCCUGAUUUUUGGAUUAUGUGCCCGUGGGAUUGUAAGCACGCCUGUUCGCCAUAUUGUGCGCAGUGAAACUCGAGUUGAAAACUUGUCCCGAGUUAUGACAUUCGCCGCCGCGCACAACCCCUUCAUGGAGCUGCAUGCAGUCGACUUUGAUCGGAACCAAAGUGACUCCAUGGAGCUGGCCAUGGAGAGUUCCGUGCACCAUUGAUAAGGUAGCGCAAACAAACCCACACACUGUGUUUCGCUAAUGCUCGCUCUUCCGCCGUAUUGCCUAACAGCCCUUCGCUCUCCAGACGCUUCCUUAUUGCUGUUUUUUUUUUGUAACAUAACACGACUGGCUAUCAUUCUGGUGAUUGCACGAGCCCCUUCGUUUCCUGUAUUUCUUGUUAUGCCAAAUGGCAGCGACACGUUAAGCGCCUCCUCGUCGCCGUUGGCCGCCGUUUUAAAAACUUCUCGGGGCUCUUCGCCGUCCCGUCUGCAUCCACUCGGACGUAAACAUCGGCAUGUCCGGCCCAGUAACGAGGAUGAGAAGAAAGGACGGCAGACCUCAGAUUUGAUUCUGGAAGGAGGUUGCAUGCUCCCCACCCUGCACUUUCCUUUGGGAUUUUGUAUUUCCUCCCAAAUACCGCCGGUGCACACAAUUGAACAAACAAUUCCUUCAAUCUCAGGCAUUGAAAAGCACACUACAGAGGCAGUGACAUUUCGCAGGCUCAGAGAUCGAGAUCGAGAGUUCUGACUCCCACCAUUACCGUAUGUUACUAUGAGUCUUCCUCCCCAAGUUAAUGCCGACAAGAGCGGCAAGCAUCGCUCCGCUGCCAUGAAAGAGCCCGUGCAGCAUUCGGGGGAGGUUUAUUAUGGUAUGGGACCUCCGGCGUUAGAGUCGAGCCACAGUGACUCUAGCAGUUCUGGUGUUUACAACCCAGAGAAAGGGACUCAAAGUCUACCGCUCUAUCAACAGUCUGCUCCAGUAAAGUGGAUGCACCAGGACUCCGUACAGGCCCCCGGCUGGUCUCAGGAAGCUCCUGUUCAGGCCUGGGGCCAGAACUUUAGCCCCUACAUGAGCGGGGUGAACGCCAGGGGUCAAAUGGCGUUCCACAAAGGAGUCCAUGAGGGUGUAGCUCUGCCAAUGGGGGGAGAAAAUCAACUCCCGGGACCUGUUGAGGUUUACAGAGAUGCCCCCCAGGCUCCAGCUCAGGGGAGGGGCCACGAGUGGGAUCAGCACGCUGUCGCCGCGAUGCACCAGGCUCAGCUGCAGGCUUAUCAACACGCUCACAAAGGCGUGGAGCUUCAGGGUCAGCCCCAUGCACCUCCUCCCACUUUGCAGGGGUCCAUGCUGCAGCCCUUCCAGGCAACAUUUAGGCCCAGCAAGCAACAGUUUUCAUCAGGUUAUUACUCUGUUUUACCAGGCAACAAGGGAAUGCCGAAUCAGCAACAACAACAGCAGCAGCAGCAGCUGCUACAACAGAUGCAGCAGCAGCAGCAACAAAUGCAUCACCAUCACCACCAGCAGCAUCAACAGCAACAUCAGCUGCAGCAGCAGCAGCAUCACAUUCAGUUGCAACAGCAGCAACAUUUGCAGCAACAGCAGCACCAAAUCCAACGGCAUCAAAUGCAACACCAGCAACUGCAGCAAUUGCAGCAACAAUAUCACCAGCAACAGAUACAGGAGCGACAGCAACAAAUACAGCAAAUGCAUCAGCAGCAAGUGCAACAACAAAAUGUGCCACAGCUAGAAGCGGCACAACCACACGUGCAACCGAAACCGCAACAAACCGCAAACUUUGUAACCUCUCACCCUCCUGAGCCUAUCCCGCCUGUCGCCGCUCCUAACAAGGAGGGCGUCCAGUCACUGGAGAUGCUGCAGGAAGCAGCGGCUCAACCCUGCGACGCGUCGCACGUUACUGAUCCAUGCGCUGAAAAGCUCACCCCGAAUUCAGAGGAGCCCUCUGACGCACAGGCCGCCCCUCGGCGUUCACGCCGCCUCUCCAGAGAAGGACAGUCCCCGCUGGGACCCCCUUCGACCAACAUCUGGUCUCAAGCGUCCAAAGAUCUUCCGUCAGCCCUGAACGGAGCGGCGGGCCCGCAGGCUGCGAAAGGAGGGGAAGUGACGACAGGAGGGGUCAUUCGUCGGAGAAGGAGGGCGUCCAAGGAGAUCAACUUGGAGACUUUAGCCCAGAAGGCAUCAGAAAUGGAGUCCCUACCGGCAAAUAUGGUCAAGCAGGAAGACGGUUCCUCAGGCAGACAGGCCUCCAUGGUGCCUUUGGUCAUCCCUGUGUCGGUGCCAGUGCACGGGAGCCAAGCGGAUCCUCAGGGCGGCUGGACUCCGGGGCGACUCGGCGAGCGGCCCGCGGGACCGUCCGAUCACAAGCCGUCUGUCAUCGUGGCUCGCCGGCGAUCGCUCAGAAACUCCAUGGCCGAGAGUUUUGGUCUGGAUGGGGAAAGCGACCCGGGCCUGGAUGAGGAUGGAAAGUCCAAAUUUAAGCGCCGACCCCGACCGGAGCCUCUCAUCAUCCCGCCGCACAAACCAUCCACCUUCAUCCCGCCGUCCCUCUACUCCAGCAUCUCCUCCUACCAGAGCAACCUGCGCUCCCCCGUCCGCCUGCCGGACAACCCCCUCACCAUGCCGCCCUACACGCCGCCGCCCAUUCUGUCUCCUGUGCGCGAGGGCUCGGGCCUCUACUUCUCCGCCUUCCUGACCAACAUCGCCGUGAGCAACCAAAUCCUGCCGCCGCCACCUACGCCCAAAUCCGCGGCACGCAGCCUGUUGCGCUCGGCAAGUUCAGAUAUCACACCUCCUCUUCUGCCCUUGAUGACCGAUGCCACGCCUGCUAGCCUUGAGCCACGUAUCAACAUCGGGCUGCAUUACCAGGCAGCAAUUCCGGAGUUAGAGGAUCGUUCUUCCUCCCAGUCGGCCCAGGACAAGGCUGACCCCGUUUGGCGCCCCAUGGAUGACUCCCACCUAAAACAUGGUGACCAAGAGAGCCUGGACGACAUGAUGAACAUGGCUUGUUGCAGUGUGCUGAGGGGCGGAGGAACCAACCAGGAGCUGGUUUUACACUGUUUACAUGAAUGUGGAGGGGACUUCCUUGAAACACUGGAACGUUUGAUGCUUCAGGACCCAGUUUUCCCCAAAGGUCAUCCCCUGGCAGGUUAUCACUACUCAGGCUCUGAUUGCUGGACUGCGGAGGAGAAGUGCUACUUCAAUAAGGGGAUCUCUGCCUACAGGAAGGACUUCUUUAUGGUGCAGAAAUUGGUGCAGACAAAGACUGUUGCUCAGUGUGUGGAAUUUUACUACACAUACAAGAAGCAGGUGAAGAUCGGUCGCAAUGGGAUUUUAACGUACGGCCCUCCAGAUUCUCCUCUGGAGAAGCACACAGAGGCUCUGGUGGAUGUUAAGAAUUCACAGCGAUCAAAAUGUACUCAAGGCGAGGCAGAUGACGAUAAGAGGGAUGUCUCCUACGGCAGCAGCCACCAGGAGAGCGUUGCUCGGUCACUACAGGCUCACGACUAUGCAGGAACCGUGCUGGUGAUCAAAGAGCCAGAGCCGGUGAGCAAGGAGGUCCUCCACCCGUCAGCACUUCACAGACCUCCAGCCGAGCCCGCGGCAAAGAAGAGUAGAGCACCGGCCAAGCCCCCGCCGGAUCCUGACGCAGUUUUUCCAUGCAAGAAAUGUGGCAGGGUGUUUUCUAAAGUGAAGAGUCGAAGUGCCCACAUGAAGAGUCAUGCAGAGCAGGAGAAGAAGGCGGCAGCGCUGCGUCAGAAAGAAGAGGACGAGCAGGCCGCCGCCGAAGCUCGGCUCAGGAAGGCGGCGGCGGCGGCAGCCGAGGCAGCUACUCGGGGAGGAAAUGGUAUCGGAGGGUCUGAGGAGCCAGAUCUCAGCAGCCAGGAAGACUCAUCCGAGGGAGAGGAUGACAAGGAUGAAGACUGGCACUGAGGGACAAAAAAUCUGGAGAGAAACCAA